AUGUCUCAUGCACCCGCAAGCCCGGAUCGAAGCUCGUUUUACGGCGGCGCGACAUCCACCCAAACUACAAGUACCACGGCCACCCAGAUCGGCCGCACAAGACCGCUUGCAACCAGCGCCCCGUCUGGCUUUUCGCUGCCCGUCAGCCCCACCCCAACCAUCCACCACCAACCAUACACACAUCACUAUCCGCACCAGCAAUACCAGCUGGAGCUGUCGCCGCAGCACCAUCAGCGCCGCGAGUACAUUGCAGCACAGUUUCCACCCAAUACGUCGCUCUCGCACCUGGACGCCCAUCACCAGCCGGCCUAUUCGCCCAAGUCACCCGUGUCGCCUCCUUAUUCGACGCAUCACGCGCCGCACCCGCAACAGGCUCUCACACACUUCAACCCUCACUCGCCACAGUCACCACAGCCACCACGCGCGCCCCAACAGUCGGCGCCACUGAACUUCAACGCGGCACACGUCGCGUCACCAGUGCAAAUACAAUUUCAUUCGUCAUACGGCACACCAGGUCAGCCGCAAGGGCAGCUUUAUCAGCUGGAGUCCCCCCAAACUCAUCCAACGAUCUGCGCCGCGCCACAGCAAAAUUUUGCGCAGCAGCUCGGUGGCCCCAUCCCCACAGGCCACUCGCACUGCUUGGAGCCUCCACCCCACAUCAAGUCGGAGAACGACUACCACCACCACGCUCAGGUGGCGCCCAGGGAGCAAAUAACGAUGCCGCCAAGACGGUCCACCGCGGCGGCCGUGCAGCCGCCCCCCAUCGACCCCUCACCGGUCAAGACCAAGUUCCCGACCGCCAGGAUCAAGCGGAUCAUGCAGGCGGACGAGGAGGUGGGCAAGGUUGCCCAGCAGACGCCAAUCGCCGUCGGCAAGGCGCUGGAGAUGUUCAUGAUCGCCCUAGUGUCUAAGAGCCACGACAUCGCAAAGGACAAGGGCGCAAAGAGGGUGACGGCACAGCACCUCAAGCAGGUCGUCGAGUCAGACGACCAGUGGGAUUUCCUGCGCGAGAUUGUGGGUAGGGUUUCCGAGACGGAGGACAAGUCCAAGGCCGGGCGGGCCAAGGCCGAAAGCUCGAGUGACGAGGAGCAGCAGGUCGAGGUCAAAAAGAAAGGCCGGGGCGGAAGGAAAAAGAAGACGGCCUGA